AUGGACGUUGACGAUGUCUUUUCCAGACAGUUUGAUCUCCUUGGUCAAGAGUAUCUUGAUCUGGUCAUGGGAGACAACGCUGACAUCUGGUCGGCUGGGCUCGAUCAUCCACGAUACGGUUACGGUCUCGGUCUCGAUGGACACGUUGAUCACCAGAUCCAUCCGCCGAACAACUCUCCUAUACCCACGAAGCAGAAGAUCCCUGGAUACGCUGACUACCACACCCGUUCUUCGAAUAACACCCCUAUACCCAUGAAGCAGGAGAUCCCUGGGCCUAAUGCGAUGUGGUCCAUUUUCGAACCGUUUGACAGUUCCGUCGCGCAGACCAUCGAUCUUACACAAGAUUCGAUACAGGAUGGUAUCUCCAACUCGGAGAAUCGUGUUGGUUCUCCAUCCUACGACGAGAACAGGCUCCUGUCUCAGGUUCUAGAAAUCUUCCCAGAUAUCAGCCUCGCCCAUGUGGCAGCCCUGCUCCAGGAAGCAAUGACUGGUUCCAGUCAUGAAGAAAACAAUACGUUAAAGACGCGAAUCAUCGAGAAGAUCCUUAAGAGCUCAAGCUACCCGAAGCAGCAAAAGCACAAGAAAAAGGCCCCAGAAGCUAGCAGUGGUCAGGAUGACACAAGAUGGGAACAUGUGCAGCAUCAUGACAGCACUUACAUAACAACUGCAAGGGAGAUUUUGAUGCGGACAUUCCCAUUCGUUCCUCUGCCCUAUUUACGACACAAUAUGCAGGGAAGAUCAUUGUUUUCGGUCUACGUUGAGCUGUCUUCUUUCGAACGUUCGACCACAAGCCGCAAUCGUCCAUACAUGAGGCUGGUGAGGGGAAGGAGAGUGGAAGACCACGCGAACGAUCUCCAUAAGGGGGUUGAAAUCCCCCCCGCAAUAGCAGACACCUUCUUGAAAGAGCUCCAAGCCGCACAGAACAGAUCGGAGAGAGACGCCGACGCUUUCCGUAAGCGCGAGGAAGAAGAGAAUGCGGAGAGGCGCAACGAAGAGGAACAUACCCGGGCAAGGAACCUUGUGGAAUGCCAGUGCUGCUAUCUUGACGUGCCGUUGAACAGGGCAAUCCAUUGCGAGGGAGCCACCAUCCAUUUCUUUUGCUUCGGCUGCAUCCGUAAGAACGCGGAGACCCAGAUUGGACUGAUGAAAUACCAGCUACAGUGUAUUGAUACCAGUGGUUGCCAGGCGGGUUUCGCCCGCAGUACAUUGGAAGAUGUAUUAGGCCCGUCUCUGACGAAGAAGCUCGACUCCCUUCAGCAAGAAGACGAAGUCCGACGGGCCGGACUGGAGGGCCUCGACAGCUGUCCGUUUUGCGAGUUCAAAGCAGUCUGCGCUCCUAUCGAGGAAGAUCGAGAAUUCCGGUGUCAGAAUCCCGCAUGCGAAGAAGUCAGCUGUCGCCUGUGCAAAGCGACUAGCCACAUCCCCCAGACCUGCGCGGAGGCCGCGAAAGAGAAAGGCAUUCCCGAGCGCCACCUGGUGGAAGAGGCCAUGAGCAAGGCAUUGAUCCGUCAAUGCCCUCAAUGCAAAGUGAACAUCGUCAAGGAGUCGGGAUGCAACAAGAUGAUUUGCUCGAAAUGUUCCCAUGUGAUGUGUUACAUAUGCCGACAGGACAUAACGCGCGCGCAGUACAACCACUUCGGACAAGGGCCUGGCUCCUGCCCUACCCAUGACCAGGUCCACAACGCUGAUGAGCAAGCAGUCAAUCAAGCAGAGAAGAGAACCAUCGACGAACUCAUAGCCGACAACCCGAAUCUGACCCGGGAAGAGCUUCUCGUGCACCGUCACAAGCAAACCAAGGUGGAUCUGCCACAGGCUCGCCAUGGCCUCCAUCGCGUUGUCGCCUAUGGGCCACCUCAGCCUUACGGCGGUGGUCUCUUUCAAUCUCGGUUCGAUGGCACGAUGCAGGCGCCACAGUUCAACCGGCCAAGUCUAUUCGAACCUCCAAAUCCAUAUCCACAAGCAGAACCUCGACCGCGCCGGGCUUUCUACCAAAGGCCCAGGGGACCUGAUCCCGGGGCGUUAAAUGACAAAGACAAGAUAGACCCCCCGACUGGGCCACCAAUGGCAAACCUUCCACCCUCUUUGGAAUUUCCAUUACCCGGCUUUGGACGCCCAUCACUCAACCCACCAGCCUUGCGAAACUAUGAUGGCCUCUUCGCCUUGCCACCCUACACGGCUCAUACGCCCAUCCAAGGCGCUGCAAACCCGGUUCCUGCCAGAGAACCGACCGAAAGACCGGCUGUCCAUAUCCCAGAGGCGUCAACCCGUCGACCAUACAGGAAUAUACCCCGUCGGUCCACAGCAGGGCUUAUUCCGUGA